AGUGAAAUCAUGGCAACGAUGAUGGCUUGGGGGGUGUCAGAACAGGGGUGGAGGAAGGGUCCUUGGACUCCUGAAGAGGAUAAAUUGCUUAGCGAAUAUGUAAGCUUGCAUGGGGAGGGAAGAUGGAGUUCUGUCGCUAGAUCCGCAGGUCUGAAUAGGAGUGGCAAGAGCUGCAGGCUAAGAUGGGUGAAUUAUCUGAGGCCUGGUCUCAAGAGAGGCCAAUUAACACCUCAAGAGGAAGGCAUCAUCAUUGAGCUGCAUGCUCUUUGGGGUAACAAGUGGUCAACUAUUGCUAGAUACUUGCCGGGGAGAACAGACAAUGAGAUAAAAAACUACUGGAGAACCCAUUUCAAGAAGAAAGAAAAGUGCUCAAGAAAGCAUGAACAGCGCAAGCAGCAAAUAAAACAACUAGAAGAGCAACAGCUAGAGCAGCAGGAGCAGCAGCAGCAGCAGCCACUAGAACAUGACAUGAUGAUAAGAAGUGUCUUGUUUCAUGCAGAGACAAGCACUGAUCAGAAGAAAACGACUGAGCCUCAAGAAAGGCAACAGACGGCUUUCACCCACACGACUAAUUAUGAUCAGCACCAGUGCUUGCCUCAUCAUCAUGUUAUGUAUCAAGAUGUUGCAUCCUGGUCCGACACAGUGGGAGAUGAUAUGCUAUGGGAUGGCCUCUGGAACUUGGAUGAUUAG